CUGCUGGCUUGCACGAACACUGGGAUAGCUCUAGCCCUACCGUACUACCCUGUACCGAUAGCACGCAAUUCACCCAUCUUCAACGUUUGUGAUGAUGUCAGAGCAUCUUUGAGAGCGCUGCUGGCAUGCCACUUUUCUCGUGAGGAACAAAUAAUGAAACAAACGCAAGUACUACGUGGCCACAACCUUUGUCAUACGGCCUUUGAAGAGGACAACUCAAAUACCUAUUGCCUUUGACAGCGCAAUGUGAUCAGUGCCAUAUGAUUCGAUGAGAAAGACACCAACUUUCUCCCUUCAUCAGCCCAGAUCACAAUUUCAAGCUUCGUUCUGCUUUGGUUUGAAGAGGCCACUGUUCUUUCGAUUCUUUGUUUUAAAAAGGAAAUCGCGACCAUGAAGUUCCAGUCGAGCGGUGUUUCGGUGUUUUGCAUAUUUCUUGCCGUUGCGAGCAGCCAAGAUGGAUCAGUUGUCAGUGGAUUCGUCAGUCAACCGUCGCUUAGGACAGCACAGCGCAGUCCCAUUGCUACCGACAUCGGCCCCCGCACGAGUUCUACGAGUCCCAGUCCAACACAACUUUCGAUUAUUGCGAGUAGACAUCGAUUGAAGGACCUGGAAUGGACAAAACCAGAGGAACACCAGGUGACAGAAUGGCUGAAGAACUAUGGCGAAGUGUCUCGUUUCUACCGACGCGAUGUCUUUACCGCAGACGAUUGGGUUCGUUCUCGUCGUCCUACACGAUUUUGGGAUACCCUGCGAAACACAUUUCGGUCUGGACUGUUUCGACAAAUUUCGCUCGAGUUGGGAGUCCUGAUGGCAUGUUCCUUCGGCGUCGUCCUCUUUAACAGACUCAAUUGGAUGGGCUUGAUUGGGCGGUCGCUGCCCGUUCUCAAAAUGCCCUUGGUCCCCUUUAAUUUGGCUGCUGCCUCCUUGGGACUCUUGUUAACUUUCCGGACUAACGUUUCGUAUCAACGAUGGAAUGAAGCCCGCACGGCAUGGGGGAGAGUCAUCAAUGACAGUCGCUCGUUGGCCAGAAUGGCAUGUAUCUGGAGCACAUCUUACAAUGCCUCGCCUCAACUUAUCAAACGAUUCGGAGAUGCCAUUUGCUCCUUUUCCAGAAGUCUCAUGAACCGAACAUUGCCCUCACAAGAAGACGAUGCUCCCUUUCAGCUAUACUGCCUCAAACAACUCAAUGGAGGGUACAAUGGAGACUACGGUACAAGACUGCUCCAUGCCAAGCACCGUCCCACUGCCGCUCUCGCAGAACUCUCGUCCCUGCUGGUACAAUUCAACUUUCAUCCUCUCCAUCAAAUCGAAAUGGAAAAAAUGAUCACAGAACUCUGCUCCUCCAUGGGAGCCUGCGAACGAAUCUUCACAUCGCCCGUACCCACCUUCUAUCCACGUCAUACGACUCGAUUCCUUGCUGUCUGGCUCUACCUCAUGCCCUUUGCCCUAUUCGAGCCACUUGGGGGCGGAUUCUUGCUCGUUCCCGUCAUGACAUUGCUAGGAGGGUUCAUGCUCGGUAUCGAAGAAUUGGCGAAUCAAAUGGAAGAACCAUUCUCUAUCCUGCCAAUGGAAAAAAUGUGCCAAAACAGUAUCCGAGGACCCGUCAUGGAACAGGUCGAACGAAGUACUGCCAGUGUCGUCGAAAAUAAGGAAGAUUCUACGACUGACACGAAACCAAACUACACCAUGAAUGCAAGCGACUACUACGUGCCCAAGACAAGCGACAACAAGCCGAGUGCUUUGAUGCCAGAAACCCUACGCGUCAAUGGAAGUACCGAUAGUGCCGCUCCAAAAAUCAAUGGAGCCCGUGGGCCCGAUCGAGAAACCUUGAAGAAGUUCUCCUUUGAAAUCUAAGAUGCAUACUCCCGCUACACACGACGAGAUAACCAAGACCACACAAAGGCAGCGACACCGACCGACGAGCGCAUUCAAGUUGUGGUUGGUGCUGGCGUUGAUGCACUAUCUACGUACCGGAAUUCCGUGUGUCCCAUCUUUCAUUUCCUUCUUCCGUAGUCCCUUCCUUCCAUCCGAGCGACGAGUCGCGAAUGCUUGCAUGAAACCGAUGCCGGCCUCCAACGGGAGGCAGCAAAGAAAACGUGCUAACAACUGACAAAACGUAGCAAAUACUCUAGUAGAGCUUCAGACUGGCUUAAAAUUAUAUGAUGCAUGCAUUGAUUCC